AUGACUCUUACGUUUGACGAACAACCGAGUGAUCUUUACAGUUCGCCUUAUCUAGUCGAUUAUUACGACUUGGUCGCUCCGAACUCACGGUCGGUCGAUGACUCAUCUUUCUAUUGGGAUGUUUAUCAAAAGCUUUUUGCUCUUCGAUCGCCUACCCCCGAAGAUCCCUUCGUCGUCAUGGAUGUUGGGACGGGAACGGGCCGCGUCCUUCACGGCCUUGAGUCAAACGCCAUCAAGUCUGAAUGUGAAUUUAUCAACACUGAAUUGAUAGGUGUGGACAAUGCCCAGCACAUGCUGGACAAAGCCGAAAUCAUAACGACGGGGAUUUUGAAAGGUGUUGUCAGCUGGGUUCAUGGAUCUGCUCUCAAUUUGACAGAGGUCAUGGACCCACGCAAACACCAGAAAGUCGAUCUAUUGAUAUUCUCUAUCGGCUCUAUCAGUCAUUUAUCUGAGCCUGGUCAGCCAGAGACAUUCUUAAACCAGGCUUUCAAGGUGCUUCGCCCUGGAACUGGACGAGCCUAUGUAUCAAUUUACGAUGGCUCUCUGCUCAACCCCAACGAGAAGAUUGCAUUCCAUCAACCUCAAGGGGUUAGCGAAAUCCAGAGUGUUGUAUUUCCUUCGAUAGUUUAUAGAGAAUCAGAUCACCGAGGAGAGCUGAAAGGGAAUGUUAAAUUCGUCAAGUUCGAGCUGGAAGUCGUGAACAGCGAUAACCAGUCCGUCUUGGAGACGAACCAUAUUUCAAUGAAGAUGCGGCAAUGGAUGGAAGAUGAGCUUGUCCUUCUCUCUUCUAAGACUGAUGCAUUCUUUGUCGAAAGUAUCAGAGGGGCCCAUGAGACGUUCUAUGUAUUUAAGCUAGCGACUGAGCCCGAAGGUCAGUAG